AGAAAUUGUAAGUAAAAAGAAUGACAAACUGUUUUAUUCUUUCAAUUAUUAGAUGUACAAUGAAAUGAUCAAGGUCAUCUACAUACACGUGUGAACACCAAAACAAUGAAUCACCAAAUAAUCAUCAUCAACCCUCCCAAAUCUCGAAUGAACAAACACAUCAACAACGUACAAAAACUAGGAGAAGAAGAAAACACAUAAAACCCGAAGAAGAAGAAGAAGAAAAAAGAAACCGCUACUCAACAUGACCAGAGGAUGAAAUAAAUCAAAUAGAUCCCGUCCGUCCGUGUGCGGAAAAGAAAGAUCAAGGGCGGAAAUGCCACCACGUGGGACGAAUCAAAGACAAUUGUUCUCAUGAAAGAUCUUAAGCCACCAAGGCCAUGGCUACGAAGGUUCCAGCGAGUGCAGAGGUAGCAAUGAAGGCCUUGCUGACGGAGAAUGCAGCGGAGGGCGGUGGAGGCUCGGCGCCACCGGAGGGUCCGGGUGAGGGUCCGGGUGGAGUGUUAGGAGAGGUGGGGCUUGGUGUCACUGUAGGAGAAGGUGAAGGAGGAGAGGCUGCAGGAGAGGAAGCAGGUGUAGGUGCAGCCGUUGGUGGUGCUGGUGCUGGUGUUGGUGUUGCUGCUGGUGGUGGAGUUGCUGCUGGUGGUGGGGUUGCUGGUGGUGGGGUUGCUGGUGGUGGGGUUGCUGGUGUGGUGGGUGCUGGUGCAGGUGCUGAUCUGGGUGGUGGUGGUGAUGGGGUUGUAGUGGGUGGUUGUGACGGUGCAGCACCUGGGGCUUGGGCUAAGCAUGAGCUAGCCAAGAGCCCCAAGAUCAGAAACAGUUGCACAGCACCAGAACCCAUAUCUAGAGAGAAAGUAGUAGUAGUAGUGCUUGGGUGUGUAAGAGAGAGAUAAGAGAGU